CCUCAUUUAAAACUUAACGUGGAUACUGUCACUUGGCUCCAUGGAUACCACCUUGAUAAACUGUGUUUUCUGCUGUUAAAAAGCUACAAUGAAGGAUAAAAGAAGGUCGACGUGCCGGCAGAAGGAGAGCUGACGUGUUUUUCUGCAUGUUUUGUGGAGUUUACACCAUGGAUUUAGUAAUGUGUUGGUUAUUAUGGGUUCACCUUCUCCUCUGCACUCCUCUCAUGGGAUGUUUUGACUUGCACCUCUCGGAGACUUUACAUUCUGGAGCUGUUCUGGCCAAUUUGUCACUCGGACCAGGUUGGAUUUAUAAAAUAGACAGGACUUUAACUUCCAAGUACAUUGGGAACUUUAUUCAAGUGGAUUGGAGAGAUGGAGUAGUGCGUUUAAAUGGAGAGGUGGACUGUGCGCGCGCCCCACAGAGCGCGCUGCCUCUUUAUUUUAAAAUGAAAUCAUUAACAACUGAAGGACUAGUUAACGCACAUUUUAAUGUAUUUGUACACGGACGCAAUUGCGUGUUCAAAUAUAAAAGGAAGAGAGUAAGUAAGCCUGACAUUAACGUGGAUUGCAGUUAUAACUUAGGACUAACUUCAUGCUUUUCUCCAGGUGAUUUACUCCUUAGUUUUAAGGACUUUUUACCUGUCUUCACAAGACACUCUGAUGUUUUUGCUUCUUCUUGCACCUCAGACCAUCUGAAUGUGUUUGUGCGUAACGGGACUUUACUUGUGAAGGACGCGUACUGUUUGGAGACGGACCUGACACGCUUUAAAGACACUAUUCGCUGUUCGUUUCAUGAUUCAAACGGUGAGCCCUUCUCUAUGUGCCUUAAAUUACGAUUCGCCUCAGUCCAAACUUCAUUAUUACAUUCUAUGCAGGACGUAUCAAAUCAACGGAAACCGAGAGUAAAGCGAGCAGUGAAUUCAGCGCCUCAGUUUCAGUUACCGAACUACCAGGUUUCAGUGCCCGAGAACGAGCCUGCGGGUACGCGCGUCAUCACACUCAAAGCGACUGACAGCGACCCUGGAGAGGCGGGAAAGAUCGAGUAUGGCAUGGAAGCAUUAUUCGACAGCCGUUCUAACGACUUCUUUCGGAUAGACCCUCAAACCGGUAGCAUUGAGACCGUCCAGCCCUUAGAUAGAGAAGUUAAAGACACGCACGUUUUUAAAGUCACUGCUACUGAUAAUGGCACGCCGCGACGCUUAGCCACGUCAUACCUGACCGUUACAGUUAGUGACACCAACGACCACGGACCCGUUUUUGAGCAGAAUGAAUAUAGGGUUAGGAUAAGAGAAAAUGUGGAAGUUGGUUUUGAGGUGAUUACAGUAAGGGCGACAGAUGGAGAUGCACCAUCCAAUGCAAACAUGAUAUAUAAGAUUGUGAAUGGUGAAGGUGUUAAUUCUGGGUUUGAAAUUGAUUCUCGGAAUGGACUGGUCAAGAUUCGUGUGCGUCCAGACAGGGAAACCAUGGCCCAGUAUCAACUGAUAGUAGAGGCAAAUGACCAAGGAAAAGACCCUGGACCUCGCAGUGCUACUGCGACAGUAUACAUCACAGUUGAAGAUGAAAAUGACAAUUACCCUCAGUUUAGUGAGAAAAGAUAUGUAGUCCAGGUGCCGGAAAAUGUGGCAGUUAACACUAAAGUGGCCCAGGUAGAAGCCACUGACCGAGACGAGGGCAAUAACGCUAAGGUUCAUUACAGUAUAAUCAGCGGCAACGUAAAAGGUCAGUUCUUCAUUCACACCCCUACCGGAGCCAUUGAUGUCAUAAACCCUCUGGACUACGAAAUGAUCCGAGAGUAUAAUUUACGCAUCAAGGCACAGGAUGGAGGCAGGCCUCCUCUUAUUAAUGGCACAGGGAUUGUUGUCGUCCAAGUUGUGGAUGUGAACGACAAUGCUCCCAUGUUUGUAAGCACUCCUUUCCAAGCCUCCGUUUUAGAGAACGUUCCCAUUGGAUAUUCUGUGAUUCACAUUCAGGCCAUCGAUUCUGACUCUGGCGAAAAUGCCCGUUUGGAUUACCGCCUCACAGACACCACUCCAGGUUUCCCCUUCACCAUCAAUAACAGCACUGGAUGGAUAACAGUCAGUGUUGAGCUGGACAGGGAAACCACUGAGUAUUACACCUUUGGAGUGGAAGCCAGAGACAAUGGAGUUCCGGUAAUGUCGUCGUCAGCUAGCGUUAGCAUCACCGUCCUAGAUGUGAACGACAACAUCCCUACGUUCACCGAAAAAUCAUACUCUCUGAAAAUCAAUGAAGAUGCUGUAGUAGGGACCAGUGUGUUAACUGUCACAGCUCUGGACCGUGAUGUAAACAGUGUGGUCACCUAUCAGAUCUCCAGUGGUAACACGCGGAACCGGUUUGCUAUAACUAGUCAAAGCGGAGGUGGACUCAUCACCCUGGCAUUGCCGUUAGAUUACAAACAGGAACGGCAGUACGUUCUGACUGUCACUGCCUCUGACGGUACACGCUUUGACACCGCACAGGUGUUCAUCAACGUUACUGACGCUAACACUCACAGACCCGUGUUCCAGAGCGCCAGCUACCAUCAGACCUUCAGCGAGGACCGACCCAUUGGAUCAACUGUUGUGGUAAUCAGUGCAACGGAUGAGGAUACGGGUGAGAAUGCACGUAUUACCUACAUCAUGGAGGACAACGUACCACAGUUUAAGAUUGAUCCAGACACAGGUGCCAUCACCACACAGAUGGAGAUCGACUAUGAAGAUCAAGCCUCCUACACACUGGCCAUCAUCGCACGUGACAAUGGAAUCCCCCAGAAGUCUGAUACCACCUAUGUGGAAAUCAUUGUUCUGGACGCUAAUGAUAAUACUCCACAGUUUGGGAGGGACAAAUACCAGGGUACUGUGUUUGAAGAUGCACCUCUAAUGACCAGUGUGCUCCAGAUAUCUGCUUCAGACAGGGACUCAGGGUCUAAUGGACGUGUGAGCUACACCUUUCAAGGAGGCGACGAUGGGGAAGGAGACUUCAUAAUUGAGCCGUACUCUGGAAUUAUCAGAAGCCACCGGAAGCUGGACAGAGAGAACGUUCCAGUCUAUAACCUGAAGGCCUAUGCAGUAGAUAGAGGUGUUCCUCCUCUCAAAGCAGCAGUGGAGAUCCAGAUUUCUGUGUUGGACAUCAAUGACAAUGCUCCUGUUUUUGAGAAGGACGAACUGUACAUCGACGUCAAAGAAAACAGUCCUGUUGAUUCAGUAGUUGCCCGGAUCACCGCCAUGGACCCUGAUGAAGGAACCAACGCUCAGAUAUUGUACCAAAUUGUGGAAGGAAAUAUCCCUGAGGUCUUUGACUUGGAUAUAUUCACCGGAGACUUAAAAGCGCUUGUGGAUUUGGACUACGAGACCAAAAAGGAGUAUGUCAUAGUUGUACAGGCCACAUCCGCACCUCUGGUCAGCAGAGCAACGGUCCACAUUCGUCUGGUUGAUGUCAAUGACAACGAUCCCGUCCUGAAGAAUUUUGAGAUUAUCUUCAAUAACUACGUCACCAACAAAUCCAACAGCUUUCCAUCUGGGAUUAUAGGAAAGGUACCAGCCCAUGAUCCAGAUGUGUCAGAUAAACUCAAGUAUAGUUUCAUUGAAGGAAAUGAGCUGAAUUUGCUGAUUCUAAACCCGGAUACUGGAGAGCUAAAACUCAGCAAAGAUCUGGAUAACAACAGACCUCUGGAGGCCGCCAUGAAAGUUUCUGUCACAGAUGGUAUCCACCAAGUGACAGCCUUCUGUACUCUCCGUGUGACCAUCAUCACUGACGAGAUGCUAACGAACAGCAUCACGGUCCGUCUGGAGAACAUGUCCCAGGAACGCUUCCUAUCCCCUCUGCUCUCUCUAUUUGCCGAAGGUGUGGCAGCAGUCCUCUCAACUAGUCGCGAAGGAGUUUUCGUCUUCAACGUCCAGAAUGACACGGAUGUCAGCGGCAACAUCCUCAAUGUAACCUUCUCUGCCUUGCUUCCUGGAGGAGCUCCCGAUCGCUACUUCCCUUCGGAAGAACUUCAGGAGCAAAUCUACCUGAACCGAACUCUGUUACGGAAAAUCUCCAGCCAAAGUGUCCUUCCGUUUGAUGACAACAUCUGCCUGCGGGAACCUUGCGAAAACUACAUGAAAUGUGUCUCUGUAUUAAAGUUCGACAGCUCUCCACCUUUCAUAGCUUCUGACACUGUUCUCUUCAGACCAAUCCAUCCCAUUAAUGGCCUGCGCUGCCGUUGUCCGGCUGGCUUUACCGGCGACUACUGCGAGACCGAGAUUGACCUGUGCUACUCAGGGCCAUGCCGCAACAAUGGCCGCUGCCGCAGUCGAGAAGGAGGGUACACCUGCGAGUGUCUAGAGGACUUCACAGGUGAGAACUGUGAAGUAGAUGCCCGCUCUGGUCGCUGUGUUCCUGGGGUUUGUAAAAAUGGAGGUGAGUGUGUCAACUUGCUAGUGGGUGGCUUUACGUGCAACUGCCCUUCUGGAGAGUAUGAGAAACCUUUCUGUGAGAUGACAACCCGCAGCUUUCCGGGACAGUCCUUCAUUACCUUCCGAGGCCUGAGACAGAGAUUCCACUUCACUGUUUCCUUCAUGUUUGCUACAAGAGAGAGAAACGCCCUUCUACUCUACAACGGUCGUUUUAACGAGAAACACGACUUUAUAGCUGUGGAAAUCAUAGAGGAACAGAUUCAACUCACCUUCUCAGCAGGUGAGGCUAAAACAACUGUUGCACCUUUCGUACCAGGUGGAGUUAGCGAUGGCCAGUGGCAUUCGGUUCAGCUUCACUACUACAACAAGGACAGCCUGCACCUGCUGGACUCCAGUGGGGUGCUGAGCGUCCACCUCUAUACCGCCUGGCUGGAGCUCACUCAUAAGGAGCCUAAGAUAAGUCAUUUGGGGUUGCCUCAAGGGCCGUCGGGUGAGAAGGUGGCAGUAGUCGCUGUGGACGACUGUGACAUCGCCAUGGCCGUGCGGUUCGGCAGUCAAAUUGGCAACUACUCCUGCGCUGCCCAAGGCACUCAGACCGGGCAGAAGAAGUCUUUGGAUCUCACUGGGCCUCUUCUCCUUGGCGGGGUUCCCAACCUUCCAGAAGAUUUCCCCAUACGGAACCGGGACUUUGUGGGCUGCAUGAGGAACCUAACGAUCGACAGUAAAUCCAUAGACAUGGCCAGUUACAUCGCAAACAACGGCACCACUGAAGGCUGUCCAGCGAAGAAGAACUUCUGCUACGAGGGUUUGUGUCAGCACGGCGGUCAGUGUGAAAAUAAGUGGAACACAUACUUUUGUGACUGUCCUGAAGGCCGGGGCGGCAAGAACUGCGAUCAGGUCAUGCCUUCACCGCAGCACUUUGAUGGUAGUGCCAUGGUGUCAUGGAAUGACCCUGAUAUCACCAUCGCUGUGCCCUGGUACAUCGGCCUAAUGUUCCGCACCAGACAGACCAGUGGAACCACAACCCUAAUGCAGGUCAACGCUGGCGACACGUCUCAAAUCAACCUUCUGAUAAGGGACAAGUAUGUGCGGUUUGAAGUGCUUCUGGGACAGCAGAAAGUGGCCACGCUGGAUUUCCCAGAGGUCCGAGUGAAUGACGGGGAAUGGCAUCACCUCCUUGUGGAGCUGAGGAGCAGCAAAGAUGGGAAGGACACCAAGUACAUGGCACAGGUGUUCCUGGACUACGACAUGUUCACGAAGUCAACAGAGAUUGGAAAUGAACUGCCUGGACUCAAGCUGAGGAGUCUGUUCAUUGGCGGACUUCAGGGACUGAGUAACAGCGUCCAGCAGGGCUUUCAGGGAUGUAUGCAGGGGGUCAGGAUGGGGGAGACCGCCACCAACACAGCUAACAUCAACAUGCAGCAGGCGCUAAAGAUCCACGUGGAGGAAGGCUGUGAUAUGGCCAACCCCUGCGACUCCAACAUCUGCCCCGAGAACAGCGACUGCACAGACGACUGGAACGCACACACCUGCGCCUGUGACCCUGGUUUCUUUGGCAAAGAUUGUGUUGAUGCAUGUCAUCUGAACCCGUGUGAGCAUUUAUCCACGUGUGUUCGUAAGCCGAGCUCCUCUCACGGCUACACAUGCGAGUGCAGUCAGGACUACUAUGGACAGUACUGUGAAAACAAGGUGGAGAAACCAUGUCCUCGUGGUUGGUGGGGCAGCCCCAUGUGCGGUCCUUGCGACUGUGAUGUCAGCAAAGGCUUCAACCCCGAUUGCAACAAGACUACUGGAGAAUGUCGCUGCAAGGACAACUACUAUCGACCGAAAGACAGCAACACCUGUUUCCCCUGUGACUGCUUCCAUUUGGGCGCUAAUUCACGCACAUGCGAUCCAGAGACGGGUCAGUGUCCCUGCAAGGCGGGUGUGAUUGGGCGUCAGUGCAACCGCUGCGACAACCCCUUCUCUGAAGUGACCAGCACGGGCUGUGAGGUUGUGUAUGAGGGCUGCCCAAAAGCCUUUGAUGCUGGAAUCUGGUGGCCCAGGACCAAUUUUGGACGUCCAGUUGCCAUGAAUUGCCCCAAGGGAUCUAUUGGCACUGCUGUCAGACACUGCAAUGAUGAGAAAGGCUGGCUGCCCCCUGAACUCUUCAACUGUACCACUAUCACAUUCUCCCACCUCAAAAAACUGAAUGAGGAGUUGCAUCGUAAUGAAUCCACAAUGGAUGGGCAGAAAUCUAAGGACAUCGCUCGCAUGUUACAAAACGCUACUGACCAGACCAGCUCCUUCUAUGGCAACGACAUAAAGACAACCUACCAGCUCAUUUCCUGGAUUCUGCACUAUGAGAGCCAGCAACAGGGCUUUAACCUGGCCGCCAUGCGUGACGCCAAAUUUAACGAGAACAUAGUGAAGGCCGGCAGCGCGAUCCUAGAUGCCAGUAAUAAAGAGCAUUGGGAUCAGAUACAGAGAACAGAAGGAGGCACAGCACAUCUGCUGAGAAACUUUGAGGAAUACGCCAACACUGUGGCUCAGAACAUGAGGAAAACCUACCUGAAACCCUUCAUCAUUGUAACUGAGAACAUGGUUUUUGCAGUGGAUUAUCUGGACGCCAUUUAUCCAGAUGAAGUACAAAUCCCUCGUUUCCAAACAACUGACCAGGAGUGUCCCAAAGACCUUAAGUCAUCUGUUCUUUUCCCGGAAUUCAGCUUCAAAUCUUCAGAUCAUAAAGUUUCUCCUACAGAUGAUCCAGAAUCUCAGAGAAGCUCUGAUGAAGAGCACAAUCAGGCUGCAAACAAGAGGAAAAGGCAUGCUGAGAGUCUUCCUCCAUUUCCUGUUGCUGCAGUCAUCAUCUAUAAAACUAUGGGCCAGCUCCUGCCAGAACACUACGAUCCCGACCGCCGGAGUCUCAGGCUGCCAAACCGUCCGGUCAUUAACACUCCCAUCGUAAGCACAACUGUGUACAGUGAAGGCGAGCCAUUACACAUUCCUCUGGAGCGACCAAUCACACUGGACUACAACCUUCUGGAGACGGAGGAGAGAACUAAACCUGUGUGCGUGUUCUGGAACCACUCUAUCACUGUUGGUGGCACGGGCGGCUGGUCAUCCAAAGGAUGUGACCUUAUUUCCAGGAACAACACCCACAUCAGCUGCCAGUGCAAUCACAUGACCAGCUUUGCCGUCCUUAUGGACAUCUCCAAGAGAGAGCAUGGUGAUGUUCUUCCCCUGAAGAUUGUCACCUACACAACGGUAUCCGCCUCUCUGCUGGCGCUCCUCCUCACCUUCAUCCUGCUGGCCAUCCUGCACAAACUACGCUCCAAUCUCCACAGUAUCCACAAGAACCUGGUGGCUGCGUUGUUCUUCUCCGAGCUGGUCUUCCUCAUCGGAAUCAACCAGACCGACAACCCGUUUGUGUGUACGGUGAUAGCCAUCCUCCUGCACUACUUCUACAUGUGCACGUUUGCCUGGACGUUUGUGGAGGGUUUGCACAUUUACCGCAUGCUCACCGAAGUCAGAAACAUCAACCACGGCCACAUGCGCUUCUACUACGCCAUCGGCUGGGGGAUACCUGCUAUUAUUACAGGUUUGGCUGUGGGUUUGGAUCCUCAGGGAUAUGGAAACCCUGACUUCUGCUGGCUGUCUGUCCAUGACACCCUCAUCUGGAGUUUUGCCGGACCCAUUGCUGUAGUGGUGCUGGUCAACAUUGUUAUCUUUGUGCUGGCGGCCAAGGCGUCAUGUGGCCGUAGACAACGUUCCUAUGAGAAGUCUGGGGUCAUUCCUGCUAUGCGGAUGGCUUUUCUGCUCCUGUUACUCAUUAGCGCCACCUGGCUGCUGGGUUUAAUGGCUGUUAACAGUGAUGUCAUGACCUUCCAUUACCUGUUUGCCAUCUUCAGCUGUCUGCAGGGUAUAUUCAUUUUCUUCUUCCACAUCGUGUUCAAUAAAGAGGUGAGGAAAAAUCUGAAGAACGUUUUCACGGGAAAGAAACAGUUACCUGAUGAGUCCAGCACCACACGCACCACCCUACUGACGCGUACUCUGAACUGUAAUAACACGUACAUGGAGGACGGCGCGCUGUACCGCUCGGGCAUAGGCGAGUCGACAGUGUCUUUGGAGAGCACAGUCAGGUCAGCCAAGAGUCACAGCAGCUACCUUACUUACACACACAGGGAUGAAUUAGGUCAGAAGCCCAGUGUUUCAUCUGGAAAUGCUAAAGCCGGACACACUGACAUUGACGGCUCACUCUUCCAUAACGGCACUAAAGCAGAUGACUCAGAUUCGGACAGCGAGCUCUCCGUAGACGAACACAGCAGCUCGUACGCAUCCUCUCACUCAUCCGACAGCGAGGAUGAAGACAUUGACAUGAAGCCAAAGUGGAAUAAUGAAAGACAACCACUACACAGCACUCCAAAGGGUACAAGAGAAGUGGACACGGUGUCCAAUCACGUCAAGCCUUACUGGCCGACUGAAGCCAUGACAGCCAGUGACAGUGAAGAUCCCGGAGGGGCAGAGAGAUUGAGAGUGGAGACGAAAGUUAACGUGGAGCUCCAUCAUGAAAGUAAACUCAAUCACAUUGGAGAGACCACUCAGGAGAAAGACCAACCAACACCCUCCAUCCAAGCCAACAGUAACCACCAGCCUGAACAGAGGAAAGGUAUUCUGAAGAAUAAGAUCAAAUAUCCUCCUCCACUGACAGACAAAAACAUGAAAAACAAACUUCGGGAGAAGUUAUCGGACUACAAUCCCCCCACCAUCUCCUCCAGAGCGCCCUCUAUAGCCUCUAAUGAUGGGGGCAACGGCCACAACGUCCUCAUCAAGCCUCCUCAUCGGCCGGCCGUUCCUCCACGAGAACAGCAGAACGGCAUGGCCAUGAAUUUGAGAUCAGGGACCGUUAACGGCGGCAACCUGUCUGACUCCGACGGCAGUAAUGAAACAUCAAUUUGACCCAGCAGGAAACCUGAGGAACUUCUGCCCUCGUGAGGGGAGAAUAUCAUUCCUUGACAGUGGGAGGAAGCUGGAAAGCAAAGGUGGAUUACCCAAAGACCCUCCCUGUAGGCGCACCUUGCUCUCCAGCGUGUCCCUGGGGUCCAGGCUCCAUUGGAGAACAGUAUUACUGCAGACGUCUGCCUGUUAAAUGAACGUUAAGGAAAGAAUAAGGGAAUGUAUCUAAAUACGCAAGACCGGGUCAGCGAGGAAAUAUGGAAACUGUGCCAAACCACUAAAUGUGGGACUUCAAGCAUCCCAGCAUGCCGAGCGGCACGCUCUGACUGAGUGACAGGUGGACUUGAAGAGACACAUAAGUAAUUUUAUAUGUAAUUUUGUAUGAUCGCACAAGGCUGGAACUUUGUAGAGACAUUUUCCGAUUACGAAACGUAAAUCACAGAAUGCUGAAAUGUUCACCAAGUGCCCUGCUUGGCUCGUCCUCAUAGAGGAGAUCCAUCUCUUGACUAAUACUUUCCUCAUGUAAUUACUGUGUAGAUAUAUAUUUGUUGUUGUUGUUUUGAAAUUGUAAUAUUUUAAGGCAUGUUUGUAUAUUGAAAAGCAUUUUUAAUAACAUUUAAUGCAAGACUAUUUUUAUCCAAUGUGGUUAAAUCACAAAUGUUUUGUACUUGAUUUGCAGAGUUAAUCAUUUGGGUUUCCUCUGGUGCUCUAGUCCCAAAACACGACUAAAAGUCUAUUAAAAACACUGUUCAACUUUGACAAUAUUCAGUGGCGAUGUUUUAUAAUGUUUGAACUGUGAAGAUAUUGCCCUUAGACUCAAGGAAAUGAAAAUGAAUGUGUUUUCUUUUUUUAUUAAUUGACAGUUCACAGUUCAUAUUCCAAAGACGCAGCAGUGAACGAGACUUGCAGGUGUUUUAAUUCAUUUUUCACAACAAAAGUCACUGGAUUUCUUAUGACAUAGCUGUAUUUAUUUUUAUGUUUUGAGACACUGGACAAAAAUUGAAGCUGUACAAAUAAAAGCUCUCUGAAUUUCUA